AUGUCUUCGAGCAAAGUAGUUUUGGCUUAUUCCGGCGGUUUGGAUACAAGUUGUAUCCUAAAAUGGCUUUUGGAUCAGGGCUACGAUGUUUAUUGCUAUAUGGCUGAUGUUGGCCAAGACGAAGACUUCGAAGCUGCCAAAAUCAAGGCCAGAAAUAUUGGAGCAAAAGAAGUAAUCGUCGACGAUUUAAAAAAAGACUUCAUCGAGAAUUACGUAUGGCCAGCUGUGAAAAUGGGAUUGAUUUACGAAGGAAGAUAUUUAUUAGGUACUUCUUUGGCACGUCCUUGCAUUAGUGUAGGACUGAUGAAAGCCGCCAAAAAAAUUGGCGCGACUUAUAUCUCUCAUGGUGCAACCGGAAAAGGAAACGACCAAGUUAGAUUCGAAUUGAGUUGCUACGCCCUUUGCCCUUCAAUACAGGUUAUAGCGCCCUGGAGAGAUCCCGAAUUUACGACCAGGUUCCAAGGACGAAACGAUCUUCUGGAGUACGCCAAAAAGAACAAGAUUCCAGUUUCGGCAAGUCCGAAAGCACCUUGGUCGAUGGACGCCAAUAUGAUGCAUGUCAGUUACGAGUCCGGAAUUCUAGAAGAUCCCGCCCUAUCAGCUCCUGCAGAUUUGUAUUCGAUGACAAAGAAUCCAGAGAGCACACCAAACACACCAGCGAGAAUUGAAGUUCGUUUCCGGCACGGUCUACCAGUUGGUGUACGCGAUUUGACAACAAAGCAAACUGCUUCGGCGAAGGAAAUUGCUGAACCGGUUCAAAUUUUCCAGUUUUUGAACAAACUGGCAGGCGAACACGGAGUGGGAAGGAUCGAUAUUGUGGAAAAUAGAUUCAUCGGACUUAAGGUAAAAAGACAGAUGUAA